UAUUCCACUCGCUCCCUUCCCCCAGCCGCUCGUUCCUCUUCCUCCACGCCUCAGGUGCUCUCCGGUCACCCACCGCCCAUUCGAAUUUGCCAACGUGCACGCGUCGAGAUCUCACGACCGACCCCAGAUCAGAGCGCCGCUACCAUGGGGAGCUCACCGGCGGCGGCGGCGGCGGGGCCGAGCACGGCGCUGGAGGACCUGCCGGAGGACGCGCUCCUCUGCAUCCUCGCCUUCCUCGCGCCGCCCGACGCCGCCGCCGCCGCCUGCGCCUGCCGCCGCCUCGCGUCCGCCGCGUUCUCCCCGGCGCUCCCGCUCGCCCUCGCGCUCCGCCUCGGCCUCCCCUGCCCCCUCCCCUCCCCGCCCUGCCCCGCCGCGGCCCGCAGGCUCCUCCGCUCCCUCCACCGCCUCCGCCGCCUCCGCGGCCUCUGGCGCCGCCUCCCCUCCUCCUCCACCAACUCCCACUCCCAACCCCCGUCCCUCGCCACGUUCGAGUGGGCGGCGGCCCCGCGCGCCACGCUCGCGGCAUCCCUCCUCGCCCCAUCCACCCGCGGCGGCGGCGUCUCCAUGUCCCCCUUCGUCACGCUCUCCAUCGCCGACUCCGGGGACACGGUCGCCGCGGCGGCGGCGGCCGCCGGGGACGUGACGGUCUGCGUCAACUUCGUCGGCAACAACCACAUCGUGGUGGAGGCGGCGGCGGCGGCGGGGGAGGACGAGGAGGUGGAGAUGGUCAGCGGGUCCCCGCCCGAGGAGAUGUACGCGCACUUCGCCAACAGGAGGAGCCCCGGGGCCGGGAGGAGGAGGAGAGCCAAGCAUGGGAGGAGAGGAGCCUUCAUGGAGCCCGAGCACUUCGUCAGGAUCGCGGAUGCUGAGCCCACCCAGGCGCGCCCGAUCCAGGGCCUGUGGAAGGGUAUAUGUGAGGAUAGGACUCCGGAAUUUUACCUUGUCGCCUAUGAUGACAUUGGUGGAGUAACUUGUCGACGAUUUAGUGAUACAAGGGGCCAAAACUCUGGCUACUCUCCUGUCUUUUGGACGGCAGAUACUACAUUUCUUGAACCACCAUUCUCCGAGCAAGAGCUGGAUAAUUAUAGUAACCGCUAUCACAUCCAAGGUGUGACUUCCAACCAUGCAUGCUCUGAGAACAGGGUUAUCUCUCGGAUAUUGUGCAUCAAUUCCAGUCAUGAUGUGGUUGAUCCUCAUCUAUCGACCCCCUUAGAUGACGCGAGAAGUGUGGAGGGAAGGAUUUGGCUAUAUGAGGAUGGAACCUUCGGGUUUGGAUUUAUUGGCAGUAAUUCAGUUAUAGAUCUGAGGCAUGUCUCCUCAGCUGGUUGUAUUCUUGAUACUUAACAUUAAAUCUGGGUCUUGCUGGCACAUAAUCUUUGCCAGCAAAGCCCUUGUACAGUACUUUUAGGGAAAUUCAAUAGUUGGCGUUGAGGCAUGUUGCCUCCAGUUGUUGUACUCUUGAUGCCAAGUCGCUGAAUACGGGUACCGUCUGGCAUGUAAUUGCUGCUAGAAUACCCAUGUAUCCUGAUACUGAACCAAAACUUGGUCCCUUCUGGCAUGUACUUGUUGCUAGAAUACCAAUGUACAUUACCAUUUCUUCAUUGAAUCCCAAUAAAUUGCAACUGUUAUUUCCUCA